AUGAAUUUAUUUGUAGAUGAAAUUUUUAAGGAGUCAAAUGAAUUUCAUCAAGCUUCAAUUAAUGCAAUUAAGGUUGCUGCUUAUUUUCGAUCUGCACAACAUAAAUACUUUAUAGAUCAGUUAAGAGACUUGCAAAAAGAAUCUUAUAGCAAGUAUAUAGCAAUAGCAAUUGCAUUAAAAACACUUGGCUCCAAAUUCAAUCCAUCUGAGCUAUUAAAUACAACAACAAGUUCACAAAAUUCACUAUAUCUUCUAGCAGAUCUUUCAUCAAUUCUUAUGAAUGAAGCAUGGUGGCAAACAUUAUAUAAACUUAGUAAACUUCUAAAACCAUAUAGUAUUGCAAUUAAUCUUCUUCAAAAAGAUAAAGCUCGCUUACAUGAGCAAUUUAGAACACAUAAAUAUCCUUUUGAUAUGAAAUCAAUUAAUCAAUUUGAAGGUGAAGCUUUAGCUUUUGAUCUUUUUUGUAAUGAAUCUGAAGAGAAUACUAUAGAUAAACAUGUCAAAAGCUUUAAUUAUUUAAUUAAUAAAUGGGAAAAUUUAUUAGCUCAAGAAGUUGAAGCAAGACAAAAUAAAAAUGAUGAUAUGGAUUAUGAUUUAGAGAUAGAUAUUAAUGAAUACUUGCUUACUCAAACACACUCUGUAUUAAAUAUCAGGGUAAAAUAG